UUCUGUUCCUUCUGGCUUGAGACGGGGUCCCACCUCAGCGCUCGCCCAUUGACGAUUCCGCACGAAGAACCUGCGCGACAGGGAUCUUUGUCCCCACCACCAGUGUCUCUCUUCUCAGAGGGAAGCGCGUGGGAGAUGCCUACGAUGUUGAGCCUUUCCUUGCGAAAGGCUCUGACAGACCAACAUGGUCCAUGGCACAUUGUCUACAGGUACCUUCGCUGCACGUUCCCCUUGUUCUAUUUAGUCCUUGUGUGUGCGUACACACACGACUGUUCUUUUGUUCGCUUCUGUGGUUGUCGGCACAGCGGGGCAGGUGCUGGAACCUGUCUGGAGAAAUUGGGUCGGGCACGAAAGUGCUGGAGGUCGCAAGAGAUGGGUGGGCGGUGUAAGUCGGACCCUUGCGCCUCCUCGUGGUGCCGCCUGGAUAGUCGACUGCUCUCCGAUGUGGGAGUGGGAGAUGAACCAAAUGCAAGGGACGCAAUACACGGUAAGUCCUUCUCUGGGAGGACCUCAGGGAGCUCGUUGUAGUCUCCCGAUGUCUAUACCAGAUUCGAGGAUUAUUGCAAGAUAUGUCUCAAGUUUAAUCUCGGAUUAUUGACAGAGGACCGUUCGGUAGAAGUGAACUCCUUUGU